AUGAUGCUUUUGCUACUACUUUCUCUGCUGUAUUUGGAAAUAAAUGGUCUAUUGGGACAGUGCUUUGAUAAAGAAGAAAAGAAAACAAUGAAUGAAACCGAUGAUGAACCGAUGAUUCUCAAGAGUCCUGGAUACCCAGAAAAACACCUGGGCAGCAUUGAUUGCAAUUGGAUUAUUAAACCACCGCCAAAUCAUCAAUUGACGCUGACUAUCGACGAUUUUCAGCUACGUAAUAGUCGUUACAGCGGCUACAUGCACGUCUUCGAAAUUUUGUCAGUAAACGGCAGUGAAGUGCAAAUCCCAAUAGGACGAACGGACCGUGAUGAUGAAGAUGACGAAACAGCAACUUUUCUUGGACAAGCUUUCAGGAUUCGCUUACUCCUCUAUCCUUACAUCUAUGGUCUAACACCAGAAAGUGGUCUCAAAUUUCAUAUAACGAUUCGCAAAGUUAAAGAAAACACGGCAAAGGAAAGCAAUUGUGGUCUGGAUCGGGGAAAUUCACUCCAAUUUUCUUCUGAUUUUGGUAAAGAAUACAAACAUGCUAUCGAGCUGCCACACUCAAUAAUGUUCAUGGGAAUGUUUGCAAUGACAGCUUGCAAUGACAAAAUGAGUUACUUAGACCAAAAGUCUUCGUUGCGCAAUUCUCAGUCAUUUGGAAAUAGAGUCUUGUUGAAAAUAUGCCGAUCAGAGCAAAAAUUUGUUGAAUUCUCCGUUCAAACAGGACCGAAUCGUUGCAUUUGUUCUAUGGAGAAAAUUGUUUUAUCGCAUGAUACCAAUAUUACUCUUCCCGAUUUUCCAUCCGGCGUUUGUGAUCUUGCCACAUGUGAAUCAGAAGUCAGCAUUGCCGCCACUGAAGAGAAUUCAACUCACUAUGAACGAAUCUUAUUAGAAGCAAAUCGUUUUGAAUCCUACAAAACGCCAUUCACACUCAAAAUGAAGGGCGUUACGACAAAUAACUCGAGAAUUGCCAGCUCAUUGGUUCGGACAAGGCACGACUACAGACAAAUCUGGAUGCUGCCAACUUCAUUUAAUAUUUCAUACCAUCGAAAUGUGCAUGCGCUCAACUUCACGUUGAUGCACGUUUCGAGAAAAUGCACAUGUUUCCCCGAUGAAAAUAUAAAGAGCUCCUUUAUUCCUAAUGACAAUCCGUCUCGAAGUUUCAGCACUGGUGACUACCUCACUUCAGCAAACACAGCUGACUUCAUUUAUUUGCACUUUGGAACAAGGCCGGAUAAUGUCGAGACAGAGAUUAAUGUAAGCAUCAAUUUGGAGUGGAAAGGAGCCUGUCAAUGCGAGCAAACAGAAUACACACUUGAUGAUUUGCCGAUUUGGGUUUUAUCACCAUAUUAUCCAGCAAAUUAUUGCAACAAUAUGAAUUGUUCUUAUUCAAUAACGGCUGCUGAUGGGGCUAAAAUUCGGAUCGUUGUCAUUGCCCUUUCUAUUUUCUACAAUGAUCGACUGACAUAUGAGGAACAUGGGAUAACGAAAAAAUUUGACCGAAUUGGAGAAGUCCGAACAACUGAAAGCAAUCAGCUGCUUCUCCGAUUUGUGAGUGACGGAUCGGACACAUCUAAAGGAUUUCAAUUGAAACUAGAAACAUAUUGGUUAAACGGCAUUCCAAUGCCGAUCAAACCAACGAGUACUAUAUUGGCAAAAACGACAAAAGAGCUUGUGAUCAUC